UAGCAGUUAGUGAUUCAACAGAAUCCGAACGAGUAACAAUCAAUCUGACAAGCAAUAAAAGUUUGUUGACCAAAAGCCUUGCCAAAAGCUAUGAAACUUCUUGGGUUGCUCAUAGGAAUGUUGGCGAUCGUAGCAAGCGCGACAGCCAACUCAAGCCAACCUUCAUCAACUACUUAUUUGCAAAAAUUGGUUCAUAACGGUCUUAUUGCAAACCAUAAUGUUCGACGGAUAAAGCGUUAUUCGGAUGAAGAGAAUACGGCACUCUUUGUCGGUAUUAUCCCAAAAGUCACAUAUAGAUCGGGAGAAGUCAGGUCUGUAAACUUAUCAUCAAUCGUUCCUUUAGCAAGAGAAAGAAUUUCUCAUUUAACGAACAAACGUUGCGUCAUAGAUGGCCCAUCAGUAACACCAUUUUCUAUUCAAAUUCAAAGAGAUUUCAAUUACCUGGCUGAACAAGGCCGAUGUAUGUUUUUACGUGAAUUUAAUAAUUUUGAUGAUUAUUAUCAAUAUUAUUACAAGUUUGGUAAACCAAUUAUGAAAAUGGUGGGUUCGGAUCAUAAAUUUAGAGGCGAAAUCGGGUUGGAUGCCGAAAAUGAAAAAAUCAUCUUUUUUGGAAAUAAUAUAACUUUUGGUGGUGGUUCUUCCACUGAGAUCUUCGCAACAAUAGUAAUAAAAAAUCAAAAAGAUGAACAAGUGAAGACCAUACACUUAUUUUCAACGCAAAACAUGCUAGAUAUCAUUAGAGCGUAUGAUCUGAAAAAUGGAAUAAGUUAUGAGUACGGUUUUGUAAUUGAGGUGUCAAUGGCCAAAUCGAACCUGAUACAUUUCAAAAUCAAUGAAUCUAACGAUUAUCAUCAGAAUGGAACGUUAACCAAGAGAAAAUUCAUAAUAAUCAGUGAUGUUUUGUUAUCUUAUGAAUUUUACGAACAACAAUAUCUGAAAUUGUUGACGGAAUGGCAAGACAAUUUUGAAUAUUGGACAAAUAACUUGAACUUUCGAGCAAGUCCCGGUGACUCGGCGACCGAAAUUGAAAAAAAACGAAAAGAAUGGAAGCAACAGAAUUUUGGGACUUUAUUAGAUAAAAUUCAUUCAUUGCAUCAAGAUAUUCAAAUCAUACAAAACAGUGACCAUAUUAGGGAUUUGCAAAACAAAGUUCAUAAGCUAAAAAAUGAAAUUACGCUUAAAUUUGAAGAGGUACAUGAUCUAAUAUCCAAUUUGAAAUCGAGAGUUGAUAUAAUGAAGUUAUCAUUAGACACUCACACUUCGAAUUCAAAUGGUGCGUCAUGUUCAAGUGCCUUUGGAAUCAUUUCACCGAUUUCUUCUCUUGUUCCUGUAGCUGGGGCAAUUACAUCGGCUAUUACUGCAGUUAUUGGAGCGGCUUGUGCAAUAGCGGGUCAUUAACUACCAUAUGCACAAAAUCGUAAUGUUAUCACGAAUGCGUCGAUACAAAAUAAAGAAUUUUUGUCGUUUUGAUUUUCGUUUAAAGAAUUUGUAAGUUAGAAUGAACCUAAAAAAUCAUUAUUGAAUUUUCGCGUUUGUUCCACGCGAAUAUUUUGAGUUAUCUUCAACAAAAAUUCUGCAAUAAUAAAGAGAUUUUAAAAUAGAAUCGUUAUAAUUAGUUCAAAUGGUUAUCAGUGCAAGCGUAAGCAUAUUUUUUUAUUGACAAAACCACAUAAUAAAUGUUAAAAUAAAUUUUUAUAAAUUAUGUCUAU